AUGUCCGUAGAAGCAAAAAACAUAACUUCCAAUUCUAAUGGGAGCAUCCCUGCCAUAACAGGUGAUUUAGAUCAUAGAGAUGCCCUUCAUAUAUUCCCAGAUUUCAUGAAACCUUAUAGAUCAACUAUCAUUGCUUACGGAGCAUCAUUUUUAGGUACCACUAUUGGAUUUCCCAUGGACACCGUUAAAACCAGAAUGCAAACUCAUAAAGAAUUCGCCAGUUACUUUGAUUGUGCUGCUAAAACUUUCAAAGCUGAAGGAAUGAAAGGUUUCUUCCGUGGUAUUUGGGCUCCUUUAAUUUCAACUUCUUGCUCAAAAUCAAUCAAUGUUUCAAUUUUUUCAUUAUGUAAGCCAUAUUGUCAUGAUUUAAUCUAUCAACAUGAUGAUGAUAUGACAACUCAUCCUAUCAUCAAGAAUAUUCCUGUUUGUUUCACUUCAGGAAUGAUCGCUGGUGCUGGUGUAUCUUUAUUUGCAUCACCUUUUGAAUUCACUAAGGUAUUUUCCCAAAUUUCAAAAUUAGUAGAAAGAGAGUCUGUUCAUAAAGUUAAUUUAAGUAGUGCUUCAACUUUAGCUACCUUCAAAAAAAUCAUUAAAUACGAAGGUCCAACAGGUUUAUAUUCAGGUUUCAGGUAUCACGUGAUGAGAGAUUCACUUUCAUCAGGGAUAUAUUAUUCCAUUUAUGAAACUUUCAAAUAUUCAAUCAACCAAUUGAUCAAUUCUGAUCCUUCAACCAAUUCCCCCAUUGCUAUCUUAUUGGCUGGAGGAUUUUCAGGUAUCACUUGUUGGACAUUGGUAUUUCCUAUAGACACUACAAAGUCAUUAAUUCAAAAAGAUAUCAUUCAUAACAUUUUCCGUAAAAGAGAUGGUUUAGAACCUCAUCCAUUACCUGAAAGGAAAAUUCGUAUCGAAAGAAGUUUAUAUAGAGGUUUAGGGAUUUCUGUUACUAGAUCAUUCAUUGUUAAUAUGGUGUUCUUUAGUACUUUCGAAUUCCUUAUGGGUCACAUUGCUUAA